UUGUGCGAUUCUACACUAAGGAUUGACGACAAUUUCGACAUGAAUCUGCCAUUUUCUCAAAAUGCGGAUCAACGCAACCGGCCCUUGAGGAAGCCUUACUCGAGCCCCUUCACCCUGGACACCUCGCCCCUUCCGACCGUUGCCUCCACGGCGGGAGCCUUCGCAGAGGGUCCUGCAAUUUCACUGGCCACGGGGGAUAAAUCUGCACAACCAGGAUGCAUCCCCCCAGCCCUUGCAGUUCACUACUGCAAGCUCUGUGACCAGCAAGCGAAAUAUCGGUGCAAGAGCUGCAAGAAGACGGCCUACUGUUCUGUACGGUGUCAGACAGAGGACUGGAAUGCACACAGACACGUGUGCAAGGCUUCUUCGCCGGAACCUGCAACAGAGAUGGUGAGGGAAACCGCAGGUUCACUGGCUGCAGGAGAUAAAUCCAGCCUGGCAGAGGUGAAGAGGGUCUCCAUGAAAGACCUACAUUUUACUGAAAUCCCCAAUGGGGCAGACAUGCAGGCAUCAGUAUUAGAAUUCUACAACCCCAGCAGAUUUUUCCUCCUUAUUCAAAGCCCCAGCCUGCUGGAAGUUCUGCAGUGCAUCACAGAGUUGCAGAAAACGUACAGCAACUCCUCGGUGAUCCCUUAUGUACCCUGUGUUGGAGAAGUGUGUGCCGUACAGUUUUCUUCUGAUAUGAAGUGGUACAGAGGCCUUAUCCAGACCUUGUCUGCUGACCAGAAAAUGGCUUUUGUCCUUUACAUUGACUUUGGCAAUGAAGAAAAUGUGCGCGUGGACAGGAUCAGACCCUUGCCUGCUAACAUCCAGCCAUUUGGCCCAUGUGCGAUAGAGUGCCGGGUUGCAGGUGUGGCGCCAGCGUCUGGUAAUUGGUCAGACGAAUGCUGUAUUGCAGUUCGUCAGAUGCUGGCUAGCAAGACCAUGACUGUCCAGCUGGUGGAAACGCAGAUUAAUCAUGUCCAUGCUGUGGAUAUCCUGCUUUCACCUGGAAAGCAUCUGAGCACAUUCCUUCUUGAACAAGGAUUUGCUCUUAAAGAAACAGUGACCAAGGCACCAACUGAGCAAGAUAUGUGUGACAUGGUGGACACAUCCUUGGAAAACUUCAGCUGUCUCUCAGACGGGAAAGAUGACAACUCCUGGGCUCAGCCUCCAGAGCCACUUCCAACAGCGGUCGGUGACCAGUUUUCUGUUUCUGUCUCCUACUUCCGGUCACCCAGUGAAUUUAUCGUGCAGAAAGCGUCUAAUGCUGGAAUAAUCAACAAUUUGGAAUGGAAGCUAAAAGAACACUGCUCCCAGGCUGCAGCCACAGAGAAGUUCAGACCAGCUCCUGGCACAGUGUGUUGCGCUCAGUUCUCAGCGGACAAGGAGUGGUACAGAGCAAAGAUUCUGGCAUAUUCAUCAAAGGAGCGAGUUUGUGUCGAUUACAUCGAUUUUGGCAACUCUGAGGAGGUGGAUUUAGGCCAUUUGCGACCUAUCAGUGCCUCACUGCUGUCCAUUCCAAAGCAGGCCAUAUCCUGUUGUCUCGCUGGUAGUGUAUCAAAGGGUUGGCGGGGGGUGCGGCCUGUUGGGGAGAGCUGGUCAAAGGACUGUAUUUUGGCCCUGCAGCAACAGCUGGCAAACAAAAUACUGCACGUUGGCAUUGUGGGAGCACAAGGGGGCCAGGCCUUGGUGACCAUGACUGAUGAAGCCAGUGAUCCUUAUGCCGACAUAGCCGAGCUGCUGAUCUCUGUAGGCUUUGCCAUUUCUAGCCCCGUUUCUGCUACCAGCGGAGCCCAACCGGCCAAUGAGAUGACUACAUCAGAAAAACCACAUUUGCGCCCCCCAGUGUGUGAGCCUCUAGUGUGGUCCAGUACUGAGCUUCCCUGUGACGGCCAGGUGGUGGCUCUCCUAGCCAGUGUCAUAGAGAGCCCUUCAAAGUUUCACUGCCGCAUCGACAAUGCCUCAGACCAUCAAAAGCUGAUGGAGCUGGGAGCUCAGCUAAAGCAACACUGUGAGGGUGAUGCCCCGCCUUUUACACCCAAAAUAGGAGAGCCCUGCUGUGCCAUGUUUCCCGGCGAUGGAGCAUGGUAUCGAGCUAUGGUAAACGAACUGAGUGAGGACAAAGCCACAGUGAACUUUGUGGACUACGGUUACAGUUUGAAAGUAGAAAAAGGAAAGCUUCGGCCCAUUACACCCGAACUCCUCACGCUUCCUUUCCAGACAGUGUGCUGCUGGCUUACAGGUGUGGAGCCAGAUGGCUCGGACUGGAGCAGUGAAGCCCUGCUGUGGUUUCAGAUUCUGUUGGAAGGCCAGCAGCUGUUUGCUCGUGUCCUGAAGACCACGGAGCAGGGUUACGGCGUGGAUCUGGAGAGCAGAGAACAGAACGUGGCAGCUGCCCUCAUUUCUGAGCAUUUUGCCAAAGUUUCUGCAGAGAGUUCUGAAGCGAAGCAUUCAGAGUCCACAAGAAUAAAAGAAGAGGAUGUCAAAGAGAACAAGCAAAUCCAGCUGCAUGAUAAAGAAGCUCCUAAUCAAACAGAAGGCACCCCCAAAAAGAGAAUGAGUGACAGGCAAAGCGCAGUUCCCUCAGAGGUUGCUUCUUUCCCAGUCGACUGGAAGACAGUGGAGCUUCCACUCAACGCCAGCUUUCAGCCCCACGCUGCAGCCGUCAGCAGCCCUUCCCUCUUCUACCUGCUGGGUCUUACCCAGGUGGACCAGCAGAACCUUCAGGAGGUGAUGGUUGAGCUGGCUGCUUACUGCGGCGGCUGUCAGGGCUCCCUCUCUGCAGGGGGGGGCUGCAGACCUGCUCCAGGGGCCGCCUGCUGUGCCCUGUUCUCCGACAACAACUGGUACCGUGCCGUGGUCCUGGAAGUUGGGGAGAAUGAGAUGAGCAUAAUCUAUGCAGACUAUGGCAACUUGGAGAAGGUCCCCUUAGCCCGAAUCUUACCCAUCCCCUCACGCCUGCUGCGGCUCCCUUUCCAGAUCACACGCUGUACCCUCGUCGGUAAUGAGCACUUUCCUUCCAAAUGGCCAGAGGAGGUGAAGCAGAUGUUUCAGACCGAGCUUACAAAUGGCGUCCAUGCCACUGUCCAGUCGUUCGAUGGCGCCGCCAACGUGCUCUCGCUGGCCGUGCCCAGUGAGCGGGGCGGGGGGGACCUCAGUGCCAUGGUCGUUAGCGCACUGUAUGCCCACACACAGUGCAGGCCUGACCCAGACACCCCCCACAGGGCGGACGGGGCUGGCACAGCUUCCUCUAAGGGCAGUACAGCUGAGCCUGACCCCUCCAAGUCCAAGUCACUCCCCGAUUCCCAAAGUGAACCGGGAGGUGUGACGGCCAUUACCCCGACGUCAACCAAAACAGAGCCGGCAUCCCUCAGCUUUCAGCCCACGAAACACAUGUCAGCUGCUGCCAAUGUUGAUCCAGUGAGUAAGAUGGAUGACCACAAGCUGCCUUUUCAAAAUAAUGGAAAUGAUCUUCAGAUCUCUAGCUGUUGCUGUCAGAGCCUCAGGAAAAAGAUCGACAGUCUGGAGGAGAUGAUGCAGCUGCAGCUCACUCUCAUCAAGCAGAUUGUUGUGGCGAAAAAAUAAGACUGAACACACCGAAUCAACCUUGUUCCUCACUGGAAUUGUUCAUUUACCUUUUGUAAAGACAUUUUAUUUUUAUGGCUUUUAUGUUUUUUACAUGGCAUUGUUUUUGCUGUGUUUUAAUAUUGCACUUUAGUAAUAUUUUCCGGUAAAAGCCACAGAAGCAAUGGCACAAUCACCCUCAGUUUUGCGUCCGUCACCUGUUAGCGUGCCCCGUGACACAUGCAGUUCCUCUGUUCUUUUGUUGAGUCUAACUCACCUGCUCAGGUGGGGCCUCCCGUUUGAGUUAUGUUCCAUCCAAGUGUUACAUAAAACUUCUGAA